UGCAGGAGCACUUUAAUCCGGGACUGUCUCUGCAAUAAUAGUUGAUAUUUGGGAUCCUCAUUAGGAAACAAGACACAGAGCAGUUGUAGAAAAAAAAAUUACCUUGAGAACACAGAGCUUUGUACUCCUCUAUUAAAAAAACCCCCACACUCGUACAUUGCAAAUUUGGGUUUAGUCACCUGAGUUUGCUGUUCCCCACACACUGCAGUUUUGGGUUGAGUUCAUUUUUCAGGACCUCUCCCUGUAUCUUGCCCACUUCAUCCAGACCUAAUGAUUACUCAAACCCUCCUAUUUUUGGCAAACCCUGGUCUGUGGAUUCCUCUGAGCUGUAUCAGACAUUAUCUGCAAGAGUGCUAGCUCACUUGUGCCAAAUCUGCAUCAGUGUGCCCUGGAGCCUUUGUCCGGUCUCUGAUCCCUUUGCUAGCUUGGAUGUAGUCAUGAAACCUCUGCUCACAGGACUGUCUACUAUAAGAUACUUGUUUCACGUAUGUGUCCUUUUUCCCCUUCAUUUUAGAAUUCCCUUUUCUUUUUUUCCUCAGACAUACAUUUGACAAUUCAUGGCAGCCACCAGCCCAUGGAGAGCAGACUGCAACCCUGGAGGCCUUCUAUUAUAGUCUGGAAAAAAUGUGGAAAAUGUUAUAGAAUGGAUGGACAAGGAGAACAGAGUUUGGUCUCAUUCUGUUAAUACUCGACUACAACAUCUGGAGAGUUGCAACAGAGCAUUUCCUGGAAGGGCUGUCACAAAAGACCUUCAAGAGAAAGAGGAAAAUGAGAAGCUGAAAGGGCAGAUCAAAAAGCUAGAGGCGAGAAAUGCAGAGCUCUUGUCUAAAGCAAUGGCCAUGCACAAGCACUCUGAGGACAUGAAUGACCCUUCACGAUUGUCUGCUGUGCUGCAGAGGUACGAGAUGCUCCGGCUACGUGAGUGGGAAAAAAUUAGGAUCUCCACAUCCCACCGUUGGACGUAUGAACAAGGCAGUCACAUAAUUAAGAGGCUGUUUGAUGCUUGUGAGGAAGAUUUACAGCAGAGAACAGCUGACAUAUUUAAAGUUCUUGGCAUUCCACCUUCAAAUGACACUAUGACCAACAGCAAACAGGGGAUCAUGCGAGAAAUAAGGAAUCUCUUUGGGCAAUCAUGUUACCAAAACCACUCAGAGGUUUACAGUGAAAUUGUUAAGAAAGCUGGCGUUCACGCAGAAACUGUCAUCCAAAGCCAGUUCAUACUGCAGUGCUGCAGGAUUUAUUGUUUGCUGCUUCUUCAGGACCCUCCAGUUAAAGCGGAGUGGAAUGCAGAGGGAAGAUUGACAGAGGAUUUAGAGCAUGUGGACAAGAAAGAUGUGGUGUACUGGAAAAAAACAGUAUUUCUGUGGCCUAUAAUGAAAUGCUGGGAACAAACCAUUGUGAAAGGUGUAGUCUGGGAUGAAAAAUAGCGUGACUUCAGAGUCAGGCUACUCAUGUAUAUGGCUAUAAGAAGAUGAAACAGCUGCUGUGCAAUAUGAUACUAUUCUUUCUCCCACUACCUGCUUCUCAGAGCUAGUAAGUUAGACAACCCCAGCCUGGGACCCCUGGGAUAAAUAAUUAUUAACAAACGUGUUAAAAAUUGAAGAUGUUUCCCUCAAUGGCAUGCAUACAUUUUAUGUGACAUUUGUUCCUUGCUGUUUCCAAACAGUAUUUGUGUGGAAAGAGUAUUGUUUUUUCAGCCUACCCUACCUGCUCUUCACUAAUGUUUAUGACAUUAUCAGAUACCAGUGGCGCUUUCAACCACCCUAUGGAGGCACUUGCAUGUAGUAGGACCAACACUUUGCAUGACCCACAACAGCAGUGCUAUCCCUGACCUCCCAUGUGCCUACAGCAGGUGCAAAAACUGCAGGCUCACGUUUCGUGCUAGCAAAUAAGCAGUGAGGAUGAAGAUGGCCUGUUGGGAAACAGGCAUCCUUCUUGGGUAGAAGUAUACUUAGCUGAGAAAGAGAUAAGAUGCUAAAAGACAAGGGUCACAAAGGCUACAAUGGACUUUCAGAAGACAGCAGUGCAUUGGCCUGUGUAUCCAGACACAGAGGCUCACUCUUAUAUGCCAAAAGGCCACUUUUCUCCUCACAAAUGCCACCUGCCUUGUUAGUUCUCAGCUGCUUUCUCACAUCUGUACAAUUUACCACUCCCACAGCUGUUCAGCCACAAACCUGCCACAGCUCUUGACCAAAGAGCUCUAAAGAUUGUAUUUCAUGGCAUAAGGGUGAUGUUAUGAGGCAAAUGCACAUUCAUGUGAUUUUGUGUGAGAGAAUAUUCUGUAAGCAACUUGAGAAUUACCAAAUAAAAAAGACUUAAAAUCC